CACGCAGUCUUCUUUCCCUGCGUCUAGAUUUCCCCUCUCUGAAUAUACACCUCCUUCACAUUCUACCUCGUUCACUUCGAUUUUGUUGGGUUCUUGGUUUAUUCCCCUCCUUUGAUGGCCAACACUUGAUAACUUGGGUGACCACAGAUGCUUGUUGCCAGUCUCCAAUCUUCUCGUCUAUCUUCCCAUCUUCAUCUCCCAAGCCAGAUCUAGGUUCAAGAGGAGCGGGGGUUGAAGCGAGAGGUAAUAGAGAUCUGCAGCCAUGAAGGUUAUUGACAAGAUCAACAAUGGUCUGGCGGGCGGCAAUGUUGUGUUCUCCUUCGAGUUCUUCCCGCCCAAGACCGAAGAGGGAGUUGAGAAUUUGUUCGACAGGAUGGAUCGCAUGGUCAGGCACCAGCCUGCGUUUUGUGACAUCACUUGGGGUGCUGGGGGGUCGACGUCCGCUAUCACUCUUGACAUUGCUAACAAGAUGCAGAAUAUGAUCUGUGUCGAGACAAUGAUGCAUCUUACCUGCACGAACAUGCUUGUGGAGACGCUUGACAAUGCACUUGACAACGUCAAGUCGAAUGGCAUUCAGAAUAUUCUUGCUCUUCGCGGUGAUCCUCCACAUGGCCAGGAUAAAUUUGUGACCAUCGACGGAGGAUUUUCCUGCGCGUUGGAUCUGGUGAGGCACAUCAAAGAUAAGUACGGUGACUACUUCGGAAUUACCGUAGCUGGAUAUCCUGAGGCUCAUCCUGACGUGAUUGGUGAAGAUGGAAUUGCAUCUGAAGAAGCCUAUAAGAAAGAUCUUGCGUAUUUGAAGGAAAAGUGUGAUGCAGGGGGAGAGGUUAUUGUUACGCAGCUGUUCUACGACACUGAUAUCUUUUUAAAGUUUGUGAAUGAUUGCCGUCAAAUUGGCAUCAAGGCACCCGUGGUUCCUGGUAUCAUGCCUAUUCAAAACUACAAAGGGUUUCUUCGCAUGACCAGUUUGUGUAAGACUAAGGUGCCAGCUGAGAUCAUGGCUACAUUGGAGCCUAUCAAGGACAACGACGAAGCAGUCAGAGCAUAUGGUAUUCACUUGGGCACAGAAAUGUGUAAGAAGAUCUUGGCGCAUGACAUUAGAACACUGCACUUGUACUCUCUGAAUUUGGAGAAGUCCGUUCUCGGCAUCUUACAGAACUUGGGGUUAAUUGACUUCAGUAAGGUCACUCGCCCAUUGCCGUGGAGGCCUCCCACCAACAGCAAGCGCACGAAGGAGGACGUGCGUCCAAUCUUCUGGGCGAACCGACCGAGAAGUUAUAUCUCACGAACUACCAGCUGGGAUGAGUUCCCCCGUGGCAGAUGGGGAGACACUGGCAACCCUGCCUACGGCAGCUUCAGUGAUCAUCAAUUUUUGAGGAAGAAAACUCGCAGCAAGAAAUUGCAGAAGGAGUGGGCAGUCCCUUUGAACUCAUGUGAAGAUGUUAACCAGAUUUUUGCCAAGUACUGUCAGGGAACAUUGAGCACUCAUCCAUGGUCAGAGUUGGAAGGUCUGCAGCCUGAGACUUCACAGAUCAAUGAUAAGUUGGUUGCUCUUAACACGCAAGGGUUCUUGACUAUCAAUAGCCAACCUGCGGUCAAUGGCGAGAAGUCGGAUUCCCCAAGUGUUGGAUGGGGGGGUCCAGGUGGAUAUGUUUAUCAGAAGGCAUAUGUUGAGUUUUUCUGUUCACCUGAGAAGCUUCAAGCUGUGAUUGAGAAAGCAAAGUCAAAUCCAUCCUUGACUUUCAUUGCAGUCAAUGCUAAAGGAGAAACUCAAUCCAACAUUGGACCCAACUGUGUCAACGCUGUCACAUGGGGUGUUUUCCCUGCCAAGGAGGUGAUCCAGCCAACAGUAGUUGAUCCAGUAAGUUUCAUGGUGUGGAAGGACGAGGCCUUCCAGACUUGGGACCAUGAAUGGGCUGCGCUCUAUUCGGAGGAGGAUUCUUCGCGCAAGAUUCUUUCUGAGAUCAAGGACUCUUACUUCUUGGUCAGCAUGGUAGAUAAUGACUACAUUAACGGCGACCUGUUCGCUGUUUUUGCCACAUUGUAACUUCUCCAUCAAUCACAAUGCCACCCGCACAAGUUCUGGAAACUGAGUGGCUUUUAUAUGAUUUGCCUGCUUGGAGUGGAUGCUUGUGCGAGUCCAGGCAUUGGGUUCGGUCGAAUUGGGAUUGAAACGAUGAAAAUAAAGUGCAUUUGGUGCUACGUCAUUUGCUUCGUCA